UGAAGUUCCUUUUAUUUGAUCGUUUCGUUGUAGUAGUGUAGAGAUAUACGUGUUAUCAAGAUGUUCUCUUGACCGAGUCUUUAAUAUCGGCCACGACACGAAAGCAGUGCAGACAACACGUUAGUGUCCUGCUGCUGUUAUUCCAACCGUUUGUUUCCAGGGGAAUAUUAUUAGGGGCGGACUUGUAAACAUUUGAAGCGUGGUUCGUCACUGGUUGGAAAAUCACUAGUGGCACGUUGCUGGGCUCUGUUAGCUUUCUUCUACGUGGACGUUACCGGGGAAUGAGUCCAGGAAAUGUGAUGUGAGCUGGGUGUAGCAAGGGAGCUGAAACUCAGAGACCUGCCCUGCCUGCUCUGUCAUUCACCGGUUACAGAGGGGAUAUGAAAUUACUCUUUCUAGCCUGCCUCAGCCCCAAAACAGGGAACUAUACUACAGCCGAGAGAAUAAGGUCUCACAUUGAAUCAGCAGGACACAGCUGCGAGUUAAGAGAUGUGGCAGAUUUUCACUCUCCCUCUGACGUGGCACAUCUAGUAUCCCAAAAUCCUCCGUUUGAGGGUGCGCUGGCAAUUCAUCUUUUCAAAGCUGGCAGACUCCUCCUGGACCUUCGUUUACCCUUCGGAGUCAUUUUUGGCGGAACGGACAUAAAUGAAGAUGUAAAAGAUGAGCAGAAGCGUGUGGUUAUGGAGCAGGUGCUGCUGAAAGCCAGGUUUGCUGUUGCUUUCACUGAAAAACUAAAAGAAGAGGCAGAAUUUGUUUUGGUGUCACCCGACAGUAAAAUCUAUGUCCAGCCUCAGGGCAUCCAGACAGAAGUGGCUGAACAAUUUUGUUGGACUGAAUUCUUGAGGAGCUCAGGUGUGAGGACGGAGUGCUUAGAUGAACUGCGUGUCUUCCUGUUGGUCUGUGGUCUCAGAAGAAUCAAGGACCCUCUCUAUUUGGCAGACGUUUUUUCAGAGUGGCAUUCAAAGAACCUUCACAAUAUCCUGAUCAUAAUCGGGCCAAAGGUUGACCCUGCACUCACUGCUGAAGUGGAAGCAGUUGUUAAACGGGCCACCGGGGUCUUCCUGGCGCAGGAGAGGAGCCAACAGGAGCUUCAUGCCGCCAUGAAAAGGUGCUAUGCCGUAGUCAACAGUUCUGUGUCAGAGGGCAUGUCAGCAGCCAUCUUGGAGGCAAUGGACCUCAGAGUACCUGUUCUGGCGAGGAACAUACCAGGAAACGCAGCUGUGGUGAAGCAUGGAGUCACUGGGCUGCUGUUCUCUUCUCCUCAGGAAUUUGUGCACCAGUCUCAGAGGCUGCUGUCAGAUCAGGAGCUGAGAGAGAGAGUGGUAAGGAGUGGAAAACUCUACGUGGAGGAACAUCACAGUGUGAAACAGGAGAGGGAAACAUAUCAGAGGCUGGUGGACAAGCUGCACAAGGCCCAGUUUUUAGCCUAACUGUAUACUUUCUCAGGAACUUUAGUUGCAGAGAAGAGGACGUACUGUAUGUAUAUUCUUUUACUUAUUUAAUAUACUUAUUCUUAUACUUAUUUAAAUACAAUGAAAGUUUUAUCAGCCCUUCCUCACUGUAAGCUAUGUAACACUGAACCAAAAGCAUGGAUGUGUUGGAGUGUCGCAUAAUAUAUAUAAUGUCUGUGAAGUUGCUGUCAUGUAUAUAAAUAUAAUGUAAGUUCACUGGCUGUGAAGCAAUUUUACAUAAAGGGAACUAAUAAAAAAAUUGCAAAUGAAACGAAAAAAAAACCUUCCUCUGAUUUUCUUCACUGGUUGAUGAUGUGAAAAUAAUUGAUACUUGAAUUAUGUCCCAUUCUGGUGAGACGAAAACGUUAUGCUGGCUAACUCGUUUAUUUUUAAUGAAGUGCAGCAAAUGGAUUUUCAAGACCCCAGCAAAAUCUGAAUCGGUUUAAAAGGCAGAGGGGUAAAUGAUGUCCUUCACAUUUGCUGUAUAAAUUUCGGUUUUGGCAAUUCACUGAAGCUGGGAUGGAUAGAAAAACUGUAACAUGAAAUGGACAUUAAAGAGGUAUCUUAGUGGUUUACCUGCAUUCUGUACCAGAUAUGAUAGACGGUUGCUCACUAAACCUGUUAAAACUUUCUGUUUCCCUGGUGUAAAAAAGGGAGACUUUUUAAUUCUGGUUGAAAACAAAUGAUGUUGAGGAAAAAAAUCAAAAAUAAGAAGCUUCCUUAACCUGUUUGGAAAAAUCGUCUUUAUUUUAGACCUGCUAGUGAAUUUCAUCAACCUAAAAUAAAGUUCAGCUUCCCAAAUAAGGUUUUCCUGACAUGGUCAUUUGCAGAUUGGCAGAAAUGUGCAAAAAACUGAAAUCCACAACUUUGUAAAUACCAUAUGACACAGUAAAGGUCUUUAUCAGUUAUUGUAGAAGAAGCAUUGGAAGAAUAAAAUUGGUCAGGGGGGAUGAGAAGAGGCCAACAACAAUACUGAAGAAGCUACAGAACAUUCAGAUUAAUAGUAGCUUUCUAGAUGUGACAAUCACCUGAAUUCUCCAUUUGUCUGAGCUAAAGAAUAUGGUCGUUCUUCCAAAGUACUGAAAUCUGGCUGAAAUCUCCCAUGACUUUGCAAAAGACUGUUCUAGUCUAGUAAAACCCAACUUGAACUUUGGGUCAAUAAUUCCUAAAGAAUAGGUUAUCACAGUGAAUUAUGGUUCGGAGAGUCUCAGUCUUUGGGGUAAUUUAAAGCUGCAGUAUGUAACUUACAUAAACAAUCAGUUUUUUGUUAUUUAUUUCAUCAUAUAUCAUAUGAAAGAGCAAAAAAACAUUAGGCUAGAUCAAAAAUAUUUGCAUCAUUCUUAUAUCCAGAGUGGGAUCAACAAUAUGCAUGAUUUACAAUGAGAGGGACGGGUCUCCUUUCUGCUCUGUUUGAAGGCUGUGUUUGCUGCAUGACAAGGCUGCUGUCAGACUGACUACCUGUAAGUCCUUCGACUGUGCGAAGGUUGGCUCUCUUCUUGCUGUAACUGUAGUAAGAUUGGUGCUUUCACAUGUUGUCAUAAAAGUCUCUGUUAACACAGAAAAAAGUUGUUCCAUGUGUCGUUAGUCACUUAAAAAGAAAAAGGAGCUGAUAAGUCGCUAAAUAUAACAACAAAGUCGCUAAGUUAGCAACAGUGCAAAGCGAAGGGUGUGAGGAGUGCGUACACGAACUUGAUUGACCACACUAACACCUUCCUCCUGGCUCUGAUUGGUUGUUUCUUGUCAAGCAGUGUGUUUCUGCAGAUGGCAAUAGAACCACAGCUAGAACGCGGAGGAGCUCAGUUUUUGUGUCUCAUACUGUCACGACAUAGACCGUUUUAAAACAAUAUAUGAAAACCAUAUAGUUUAUAAUAAAGUGACAUACUGCAGUUUGAAUUUCAGAUGGAAUAGAGGAUUUGGUCAAGGUGACUGAAUGGUUACGAACAUUUGAGUCUAUCCCAAACAUGAUAGUUCUGACCCAAAGCCUUCAAUGUUUUAUUAUUGUCAGGAUCUUUGCGAGUCCAAGUAUACAUCUAAGUCAACAAAAGGAUGAGUCUGUCAGAGGAAAUAAUAUAUUUUUAAAUGGCCAAGCAGUCGUUCAAAGCAAAUCUGACACUAUAUCUGCAGGAAUCACCUGAAGAGGGCUGAUCUGACUGAUUUGCAAAGCCUUUUUGCAAAGUAAAGAGAGUAAAUUUCCAAAUCAACAUAUGGAAUGCUGACAGACUACUAACAAAGAAGAAUAGUAAAAAUCAAUUGAAAAAUGCUUCAAUAAGGUAUUAAUACACACUAUUGUAAUCAUGUUGUUUACUCUUUUAAUUUUUUACCUUCUAACCAAGCUGCCCACUUUUCAGUUGAAUUAUACAGUAGGAGUGAUGUGCUAUAUGUGGGAAAGAUUUUGAACUUUUCAAUCAUGGUCACAUUUCAACAACCUGACAUUUUUUUACUGUAAAUUAUAAUAAUUG